AUGCUCUUCACCCAUUGUCUGACUGCUGCUCUGGGUAUCAAGAACGAUGUUCGCCUGAGCCUCAAAGGAGCUUACACUUACUUCGACUUGGUCGAGUCGACGCAGGUGACCUUUCCAACCGAAGAGCAGUACAAGAACUUUUUUAAAGCAGUGGGAUCAACCAAUCCGUGGGCAGCGCGUCGCGGCUCGGAUGACGACGAGGAUAUGGUUGCUUGGAUUGGCCAGCGCUUGAUCAAGUUUCUGACCCAACCGAAGAUUUCCCAGCGCACCGAGCUUGGCAAGGUGAUCCACUUUCUGAAAGGACACAGUGCCAGCCUUCGCGCGUAUGUGGACAUCGUGACUGCGGUCCAGGAAGAACCUUUUCGGGUCGCUCUUUGGAACGGAAAGCGACAAGAGGCUAUCAUUCGUGGGUUCAUGCUCUUCAAGAUGCGGGAAGUUUCCCCAGACCCGAGCCUGCGCUAUCAGGCUUUUGUGGUUCUUGCACAGGCGGUUUGCGAUCGCUACUUGGAAAGCGACUUGGCUUACUGUAAGCAAUUUCUGGACAAGACGCGCUGGAGCGACCCUGCCUUUUUUCUGCAGACGAUUCUUGAUGUCUGUAGGGGCGACGCACCGAAGCCGGUCAAGCGCCAGCCAACCUUUGCGGACAUGCUUGCUGCAGAGCCUUCGGAAAAGCGUCCUCAUCUGGAGGAUAGCUCCGAGCUGCGAGCGAUUCGGGACGGGAAAUUCUUGCGUCAGUGCGUGGAGGCGACUCUUCCACAGGUGAACUUUUGUUUCAUCUGGAAGUUUAUCCUAUAUGUUCAACCCGAUCAGUCGAACGAAGCUGCGCAGUUCUCGUCUUCAUAA